AGCUUCCCCAUUCUGUCAGCUCUCCCGGAACAUUCAAGGCAAGACUGGCAUCCAGCGUGGCAGGAACCAUGGAGUCCUUCAGCUCAAAGAGUCUGGCGCUGCAAGCUGAGAAGAAGCUACUGAGUAAGAUGGCAGGUCGGUCUGUGGUUCACCUCUUCAUUGAUGACACAAGCAGCGAAGUGCUAGAUGAGCUCUACCGUGUGUCCAAAGAGUACACGCACAGCCGGCCCCAGGCCCAGCGGGUCAUCAAGGACCUGAUCAAGGUGGCCGUCAAGGUGGCCGUGCUGCACCGCAGUGGCUGCUUUGGCCCCAGUGAGCUGGCCCUGGCUGCCCGCUUUCGCCAAAAGUUGCGGCAGAGUGCCAUGACAGCGCUCAGCUUUGGCGAGGUGGACUUCACCUUCGAGGCCGCUGUGCUGGCCGGUCUGCUGACUGAGUGCCGGGAUACGCUGCUGGAGCUGGUGGAGCACCACCUCACGCCCAAGUCACACGGCCGCAUCCGCCACGUGUUCGACCACUUCUCUGACCCAGGCCUGCUCACGGCCCUCUAUGGCCCUGACUUCACUCAGCACCUUGGCAAGAUCUGCGAUGGGCUCAGGAAGCUGCUGGAUGAGGGGAAGCUCUGAGAGGCCUGAACCCAGCACAUCCCACUUUGGCAAAAUGGCUGACUGAGAAAACAACAGAUAAUGGGCUGUCUAACCCUCCUCAUCCGCACUAACGCUUUCCAAUCCUCAGGCUUCAGUCUUCCCCAAGAGUGCUUUUGACUCUGAGACCACCCCGCCCCCAAACUGCUGGUGGAGAAGAAGCAAUGCUGAGGAUUGAGGCCUCUCUCCCACUGCAGCCCCAGGACAGGAAGCAAAGCUGCCUGAAAAAGAUGAAGUGAAACUUGGAUCUCUAUUUCCCCCAUACGGGAUGGCUGAAACAGGGAAGCCCCCCUCUCCUGUGAACCAGGGGAAGAGCGCAGAGCCCAUUUAACCCCUCCGGGGACACUAAAGACAGACGAGGAAGGGGACCCUUAGAGACAUCCUAGACCUCCAGCUCUAGACAGAGCCUGGGUAGAUACCAGAGGCUCUGUUCCAGAGUGCAGGAAGAAGGGGCAAGAGCAUGGGAGAGUCUCACAGGAGAAAUAAAACUACUAAAACAUG